AUGGACACCAAUCGGGGAGACAACUACUCAGAGGCAACUUUUGUCACUUUGGUUCCGCCACCGGUCCCAAAAACUCGCGGUCCGUCACUUGCGGCAGGACGGCGAAAACCCGGCGGGCCGCCACGCUCAACACCAACGCGAGCGUCACGCCGGUACUAUUUGAGUUCAGGGCUUUCCGGCGCCGGAAUUUUACCUUUACCAGUGCAGGCACAGAUGAAGCGGCUCAUACCGCAAGCCGCUGGUAGUGGGAACACCGCUUGGAGUGGGGAAAGCGUCGUUGCUGAGUCGGCACCAUCGUUGAGCUGUGAUUUCAUGAGUGAGUCAUCCACCAUCGUGGGCGAGCAGAAAAGUAUCACCUUUGAAAUGGAGCAAAGUAGGAGUCCCGGAGGGGAACUUCGUCGGGCGUCUCCGCUCAUUGGCCCUGAAGCGGAACUGCAGAGGGCGCUUGAAGCGAUGGAGGAAACUCCACUGCCUGGUCUCUAUGUGCCACGUACCUCGACGACGGCCAAGUCGUCGCGUCAGCGCAGUUCCUCGAGCCUGUGCUUCGAGGUUGUCGACAGCUCACACACGUACGACGAAUAUGAUGAUGAUGAGAGUCUUCCAUCGGCAUUGCCUCCACCGACGCCGCACCCCGUUGUCAGGUCUGCAGCCGCAUCGCAGGUCGGCGUGAGGCCGACAAAAUUGGGGCUUGACAAGGAUGUCGCUAGGGACAUGUUUGCCAGCCCGCGGGGCAGGAACACCGCAAGGGGCGCCCGUUGUAUGGACGAUGGUGGCACCGUAGGCAAAUACAAACGUCACACUGCAUCAGGAAGGGAGAUAUCGGAAUCGGCCCCGCCGGGGCGACCCGCUUUUGCCCCAGCGCCGGUGUUGCUGCAGUCACAUGCAACCUACCUUCUUAAUGAGCUGGAUGCGUUGGGGAAGACGCUAAAUGGCGUGGAGGACACGAAUUGCUACAAGCUCUACUUAAUGAGCACUGAGAAGGCACUUCAAGGCAUUCAGCGUGAGAUAGAGGCACUGCUGAGGACGCAGGAGGCGGUAGACGGGGAGCUCCUGGCCGCCAAGGCACGCCAACUCGAAAGCCACAACGGCAAGUAUGCAAAAAAGGGCUCUGUCGCCCACGAGGAGAAUGCAAAGAAUAAGGGCAGCAAUGCCGCUGGAGAACGGCACCUGGAGGAAGAUAGGCACAAGGAUGCGGAUGAUGACGCUGAAAUGACGCACGAGGAGGAGGCGUGGCGAAUUGAAAAAGGCGAGCUUCUAGCAGAGAAGGCCCUCUUGUUACAAAAGCGAAAGGAGUUAUGCUAUCACCUACGGCGUGGUACAAAUAUUAAGAAUGUCGCCGCACUGGCCUUUUCGGAGGGCAACGCGCGGAAUAAGGCUGACGGCCCGGCAAACAAUUCAUACCACGUGGAGGUGGAGUCGCACGCCAAAGACCUCGAAACACUUCAUUUGCAUUUGGAGCUAAAGGGAGCUCAGGUGCAGUUUAUGAAGCUUGCCGACUCGCACCAAAAUCUGCAGGGUUCCCAGCGGAAGCGCGUUAAGGAGUUUGAGGACGAGUGCGUUAGGCUGCGGCUCUCAGUUAACGCGGCAAGGGAGGAGGCGGGGAUUCAUCGGGGUGCGUUGGAAGCCACGCUGCGAAGGGCCGAGGAGUUGCGAGGGAGGUGCCGCGAGAACGACAAGGAGCCACUUUUGAUGCUUUUGGAACAGCGGAUGGAGGAGGCACGUGCGGCGCUGCGACCGCAUGAGGACAAAUUAGCGCACAGUGGCAGUUUUCUCUCACGGAGGUCAAGUGCCAGUCGAGCCUCAACCGGAAGUUUAAGGGUACGCCGCUUGUCGGGCCCAUCGGGUUCUCCGACUUCCGUAGUGCCCAAGGUAAUGACGUCGGCGGGGCCAACGUCCUCGUAA